GGGGGGAGAGCCGCGGCGGGCUGGGGUCGCUAGGGGGAAGCACGGCACCGGGAGACGCGGCGGCCCCGCUGCUUGUCGCCGCGGGGGGGGGGAGCGGAAGGCGGAGGCGCCCCUUGGGCCGGCGGCGCCGCGCCCCCCGCCCCGGUUUUGCUUUCCCUUUCGGCGCCAGCGGGCGGCGGAGGGUAGCGGCGAGGCGCUCGUUUAUUUUUUGCCUCCCUAAAGGGCGAGGGGAGGGGAGAGGAAAGACCGAAGACCUGCGCGGGGAGCACACGCCAGCUGGCGGGGAGGAGGGCGCGGAGGCAGCCCCGUCACGAGAGGAGGAGGAGGAGGAGGAGGAGGAGAAGCCGGCGCGGAGCCUCGCCUCGCCUCACAGCCCCUCAGCCGUCACCGCCUCGCCGUCCCUGGCCGCCGGAGGUACCGGCGGCCGCCCGUCCUCAUGAUGGCCUCAACCACCACCUGCACACGCUUCACCGACGAGUACCAGCUCUUUGAGGAGCUCGGGAAAGGGGCGUUCUCCGUCGUGAGAAGGUGUAUGAAAAUCACCACCGGACAAGAGUAUGCUGCCAAAAUUAUCAACACUAAAAAGCUUUCGGCUAGGGAUCACCAGAAACUGGAAAGAGAAGCUAGAAUCUGUCGCCUCUUGAAGCAUCCCAAUAUUGUGCGGCUUCAUGACAGCAUAUCAGAAGAAGGAUUCCAUUACUUAGUCUUUGACUUAGUCACUGGGGGUGAAUUGUUUGAAGAUAUAGUCGCAAGAGAAUAUUAUAGUGAAGCAGAUGCCAGUCAUUGUAUACAGCAGAUUCUAGAAAGUGUUAAUCAUUGUCAUCUAAAUGGCAUAGUUCACAGAGACCUGAAGCCUGAGAACUUACUUCUAGCUAGCAAAUCCAAGGGAGCAGCAGUAAAACUAGCGGACUUUGGGUUGGCUAUAGAAGUCCAAGGAGAGCAACAGGCUUGGUUUGGCUUUGCUGGUACUCCCGGAUACCUUUCUCCAGAGGUGUUACGAAAAGACCCUUAUGGGAAACCUGUGGAUAUGUGGGCAUGUGGUGUCAUUCUGUAUAUCCUCCUGGUGGGAUAUCCUCCUUUCUGGGAUGAAGACCAGCACAGGCUUUACCAGCAGAUCAAGGCUGGUGCUUAUGAUUUUCCCUCACCAGAGUGGGAUACAGUGACUCCUGAAGCAAAAGACCUUAUCAAUAAAAUGCUUACCAUCAACCCAGCAAAACGUAUCACAGCAUCAGAAGCACUAAAGCAUCCAUGGAUCUGUCAACGUUCUACUGUUGCUUCUAUGAUGCAUAGACAAGAGACUGUAGACUGCUUGAAGAAAUUCAAUGCAAGAAGAAAACUAAAGGGGGCCAUUUUGACAACUAUGCUGGCUACCAGAAAUUUCUCAGCAGCCAAGAGUUUACUGAAGAAGCCGGAUGGAGUUAAGGAGCCCCAAACUACAGUAAUCCACAAUCCUGAUGGAAAUAAGGAAUCGACAGAGAGUUCCAAUACAACCAUUGAAGAUGAGGAUGUGAAAGCUCGUAAGCAGGAGAUUAUCAAGGUUACUGAGCAGUUGAUUGAAGCCAUCAACAAUGGCGACUUUGAAGCUUACACAAAAAUCUGUGAUCCAGGCCUUACAUCUUUCGAACCUGAAGCUUUGGGUAAUCUAGUAGAAGGGAUGGACUUUCACCGGUUUUACUUUGAAAAUGCUUUAUCCAAAAGUAAUAAGCCAAUCCACACCAUUAUCCUCAAUCCUCAUGUCCACCUUGUGGGUGAUGAUGCUGCUUGCAUUGCAUAUAUACGGCUCACACAGUACAUGGAUGGAAGCGGGAUGCCAAAGACUAUGCAGUCAGAGGAAACGCGGGUCUGGCACCGUCGUGAUGGGAAAUGGCAGAACGUUCAUUUUCACCGUUCAGGGUCACCAACAGUACCUAUCAACUAAAAAUAUCAGCGGUGCCACUCUUGCAUUUUCUGUACCCAACGCACCUGGUUGAUUACCAUCUUGGCCAUCCCGUUCUCUUCAUGCAUGUUUCUGAGUGCAUGAAGUUGUGAAGGUUCUUCAUGUAACACAUUUGUGAUGCACCAUGUUGCUGUAUAUUCCAUCUGUACACUGUUAACAUUUCAAUGAAGGUGAUGUUCCAUGCAAAUAGAGAAUAACAAGGUAUAAAAGACAAAAAAAAUAUUUGAUGGACAGCAGUAGGUACAGAAUACAUUUGUCACUUUCUCCAUUUAUGCCAAGUUUUGACAGACAACUUUAAGAAGUAUCCUGUUUAUUAAAAAAAAAAAGAAAAAAAAAAAAGAAAAAGUACAUUUUAUCCUCUUUUUUUAAGAACUGUUUUUUGACUCCUCCUUUUCCGAGUCCCAGGAUUUUGGUUUGGUUCUGGUAGGAAUGGUUAGGGUUUCCACUGGCAGCUCUGUUACUGUAAAACAGAUUUUUAUUACAGCAUGUAGAUGGACGAAAUCACUGAUAAACGUGGGAGUGAUAAUAUCUUGGCUUCGUACCAGCUGAAGCCUUCUUAGUUUAUUAGUCUAUGUAAACUGGAAAAAUCUCAUCAUUUGCUGGCUUGGUCACUUCAGAAUUAACUGUCAAUGUUCUGGUGAGCCGACAGCUUCUGUUUUUCUUUUGAGUCUUUACCUUUGCUUUCUUACUAUGCUCAUUGAAAAUUUCUAUUGGAUGAUUAAGCAAAAUUAAAAAUUGUGAGGAACUAAGUGAUGAUUGAGGGGCAGUUUUUGAGGAUUAAAAUGGAAGAAUAGAGAAAGAUCGAUUUUUAUGACUUUUAGGGUGUACUGUAGAUUUUUAAGGAGGCUUUAAAAAACACAAAAUUUUGAUUAAGAUAUAGACCAGUUGUGUGGUUAAUAUACUCGAGAAAUAUUAAGCCUUAAAAGCUUAGUAUGAAGAGUUUACUUACUUUACAAUGCUUUGCUUCUCUGGAAAUGUAUUGUGGAUACACCAGUUUUCUCUAACACUUUACCACUGAUUCAUUUCUCCUCUCUUCUCCCUCUCAAUCUGCUCUUGGUUUCUUAAAAUCCUCAUGCAGCAUACAGUAUCAAGGACAAAGUUUUUUGCAGUAUUACCAACUUGGUUUGCCCUUGAUCCCUGGCUGCAAACACUUGUACGCUGCACAGGUAGUGCUCUCAGUGUCAGUUCAGAACACAAACUUUGUAACAGGGACUGUUUUUGCUUCCCUUAUGUCGCUGUGAAAAUCCAUCCUUGCAAGCAUUUAGGUUUCUUCCCUCCCAUUUUUAAUAGACAAAUACAGGGAUCGGUUAUUUCUUUUUUGGUUUUGUUUGUUUUUUGUUAACUGUUCUGUUACCAACAGGGCUAACUGUUUUCUGUAGCGCUGUAUAGUGCAUGGUAUCUCAAAUCAAUGUCCUUUUUAGCGAUUAAAAAUUUACAACUUGUCAGCCUGAAGUUUUUAAAAUGGGAAAGCUUACUGAUUUGUAUCAUUUCACCUUUCUGUGUUGAUUACUAAUCAAAAGCAGUUCUUAAACAUUUUGAUGUUGUUACUAGUGGAUGUAUGGUAGAUGGAUUUAAGCUCUGAUAAUUACUACAUGAUUUUAAACAAUAUAUAUUUAAAAUAAGCAUCUACAAUAAAUGUGUUGAGCCAUAUUAACCUGCCAAUGGGAUCUGUGAAAAAAGUAAUGGCCUCAUUUUUUUCUCAUUAAUUUCUUUACCUUUUUUUUGUGAAGCGGCUAUAAGUGGCAUAACUGUAUUUAAAAUUAACAAAUUAGGUGUAGGGUGUUUUUUUUAUACUUAUAACAUAGCAUGUGGUGUUGACGUAUUAACUGUAGACCAAGUUUGUCUUCCACACCAAGACGUGAGGAAAUUGUGAUUUGUUCUCUCCACCACAACUGAAUUAUACACUUCUGUCAUUUUGGAACACUGCAGUUUACCAUGGGACACAGUGUACAUAUUUCUUGCCAUAAUGGUAAAUGAUUGAUAUAUUUAAGGAUUAAUAAAUUUGUGAUUUCUGCUGACAA